AUGGCAGCAGAAAGGCGGAAUACAUACCUCGACGCCGGCGUGUCGGACGACUCCGACCGCGACACGGGCUAUGACUCAGAAGCCGCGGAGAUCUCUAAAGCCAGACGAACAAGUAAGCGGCGGAAGAUCCAGCACGAAUACACAGACCAAGAGGACGAAGACGACGAGGACGAGAUUGAUUCCAGAACUGAGCGACGGACGAACACCACACUUGAGAAACACGGCGCUGUUCAUGCGCACGCAGAGCCACAGCAGCAGAGGGAGGUAGACGAGAACACUGACUCAGCGGGUGAGGACGAGGACACCAAAGGGAAGGACCAGCAGAUCUUGACCCAGCCGCAAAGCGAGCCUGCCAUCAGCUGCCAGAAAGAAAAGAAGCAGAAGAAGAAAGUCAAAGACAAAGACAAAAAGAAACCCACGCCGGGUGUCGUCUAUCUUUCGUCCCUACCUCCGUAUCUUAAGCCCUCGGCGCUGCGAAACCUUCUCGACCAGCGCGGCUUCUCGCCCAUCGCGCGGAUCUUCCUCUCUCCGGCGUCAAAAUCCAACAAAUCACAUUCUGCGGGUGGCAAGAACUCGCGCCAACUCUAUACGGAGGGGUGGAUUGAAUUUGCGUCGAAAAAGACGGCGAAGAGAUGUGCAGAGACAUUGAACGCCAGUACUGUAGGAGGCAAGAAGGGAGGGUAUUAUCGAGAUGAUGUGUGGAAUAUGAAGUACCUAAGGGGGAUGAGGUGGGAGGAGUUGAUGGCCGGCGUAAGGGAGGAGAAGCGGGAGAUGGAAGGCCGGAGGGACGAAGAGAGGAGAACCAUCGCGAGGGAGACGAGGAUGUUCGUGGAGGGCGUCGAGGAGGGCCGGAGACGGGAGGGGAUGAAGAGGAAGAGAGAACAAAAGAAGAAGUCACCACAGCCGGCGGGAAAUGCUGAGCAAGAGGGCGACGGACCCGGGGACCCCAAGAGAACGUGGCGACAGAAUGAAGUCCUGGGGAACAAGAGGAAAGAUCAAACAGGCGGAGACGACAAGAUUAGCGACGACGUCCGGCAAGUGCUGGGCAAGAUCUUCUGA